GAUCGAUUGCUUUAGUCGAGGGUCGAUUCACUGCUUUGUAUCGAAUGAGAACUUCAUUCGAUAGAGGGAUUCUAGUUCAGAACGCCUUGAUCGGUUGUUCUAGAGAAGGAUACGUCCCUCUAGGCAAUCGACUCAAGAGGGCCUUGAUCCUUUAGUCGAGAUUCAAGGUCUAGUCAAGGAUUCUCCGCAUUGUGAAUGAAAGCGAAACAAGUUAGAAAUCAACAAUCAUUAAUCUGGCUAGUGGCUAGGGGGAAUCAUACCUAAAUGAGUUCCCAACCUGUAAUUAUAUUAACUUUAACUGUAGUUUGUUAGAGUAGUCUUAGUUCUUCCAUCUUAAUCUGGUUUGCUAGAUAAUGAACUGAAGCUGAGUAAUAGUAACUCUAGAGACCCGUGGAUUCGAUAUUUAUUACUUGAGCCACUAUACUGCAAUCCCUUUCAUUGGUUACACUUGGCCAUUGUUAGGAGUUGUGUCAUAGCUAGUCAUUACUAUUAAAGAAAUAUGCAAAAUGCCCAAAAUUUUGAAUGAUUGUACAACAAAUUUAGCCAUUUUUGUUACAAACUUUAACGAUCUUAGCACACUGCCAUUUAGGUUAACGUGACGGUAACUAGGAUGCCAAAUCAACGCACACGUCAGCGACAACUAAGCUUCAUCUCUUACUUUAAAAAAAAUUUAUUAAAUUUUUUUUCUUUGUUUUGGUACCUCAUGUGACACAUCAUAUCAUUAGAGUAAUUAUCAUACAUUACAAUAGACCUAUUUGUUAUUAUAUUUAUUACAUAAAUGCAAUUAUAAUCCAAACAAAGUUCAGGCAAACCCAAUAUUACCAAUUUGUAUCCAAACUCUAACAAUUAAAUUCCCAACCUCCAUCUUUCUAAAUUGGCAAAUCUUGAAGCUUGCAUCACUAUCACGUUAAAUUGUUUUUCUCGGUAUUUAUAUGCAACUGCAUCUCUCUCAUGUUGUGUAGCUCGUGCUAUGUGAGCUUGAUUAAGAUUAGGAAGAGCGACCCUUAAUUUCUUCAUGUCUACACCAUUGUCAAGUCACCCUUAUGCUUCGAAGCUCCCAUCAUUUGAGCUUCAUUGAGGUUCCAAUUUGUGUGUCUUGAAUGGUUUCGUGCUAAAGAAUGAAAGUGAAUGUUGGAGGUAGUGCUUAAGAAGUGAGCAUGUGUUUAAAGAAUGUGGAUGUGUUUAGCUCUCUAACAUACCCCCCACCCCCACCCCCAAGAAAAGAAGAAAAAAGAGAAACAAAAGGAAAGGAAGAAAAAGAAGACAUUAAAUGGGCCAAAUAAGAAUAGAGAGUGCCACAAAAUGUUGUUUAUGCUCUAGAAAAGUGGUUCUUGAGUCAAGGCAACGAGACACCUACAUGUUGUUCACCUCCUUCACUCUAGUUCUUGAAAGAUUGGAUAGUAGGUGUAGAGAAAAAAAAAGCGUGCUUUGAGUGAUGUUCAUGAUUGGUUGUGCUGCAGGAAAGACAGAACGUUUGGCCAUUGGUUUUGUAAGUGGUUUUUUUGUUGAUUUGGCAGGUUCUAGGUGAAUUGUGGAACCUCAUGCUUUAUGUUCCACCGCCCAAAAAACCUUUUUCCAUGUCCAAAAUCCUAGCCAGUCAUCUGAACCUGUGUCUAAGAACUCCGGUAGACCUGGUAAAUUACAACCCGACCCGUUGACCCGAUCUGAAACCGCUCGAAAACUAGAAAUUUUUGUAACCCGAAUAUAUUACUGCCAAAAUAUGAUAAAAUCACUCAUAAAUUGGUGAGAUGUUUAAAAAAAUCACAAGGAUUUGAAUGCCAUUUUGGAGUUUAAGGAUAAUCAAAUACAAGUCUUUCUUGUAGCAGUAUUACUCUUGUGAUUGUUUUUUGAUGAUUUAGGCAAUUUAUAUUUCAUUUCAUUAGCGUGGGAGGAUAUGAGAAUAUGUUAAUUGACAUGUGUUAGGUAAACUAGUGUCAUGCAUAUGUGAAAAUUUGUGUUCUUUAAGAAAAUAUGAAGCAUGUUUGAUAUUGUUUCUGAGAACGUUCAUAACCCGAAAUGACCUGUAACCCGACCCGUAACCGAAGUUCCAACCCGAAAUUAUCCAACUUGACCCGAUUGCCAAGUCUAACCUCUGGACAAGCUAGUGAUGACACCCCAUUAUGUGAGCUCUAGCAUUUAGAGGUUACCAUCAUGGUAAAGAGACGAUAGGGCUGAGUGUAUCCUAUGCACAUCUUUUGCAUCAAAAUGGUCCUGACCCCACUGGUCGAGAGUGAGUGAUUCGUUCAUCUUAUCUUGUUCAUAUCAUACCCUGGUGAGAACCUAUUUUGCUCAUUCAUUUGUUCCUAUGACGUGAUCCUUAUGUAUAAAUAACUUUGGUUGGUGAGUCGUCAUUGCAUGAUAUGUUUUGAUUUGUGAACAGGGUGUGAACUUUUCAUUUUCACGUUCUUAAUGCAUUCGAAUGUAAUUUGUGGUGGUUGUCAUGAUCGCUUGUUGUUGUCUAUAUGUCAGUGCCAGAUCCAUCCACUUUUUCCCCUUUGACAUGUCCCCAAGUUAUGAUGUUAAGGUUGAAAUAUUACCUUGUUUGAGAUUGGUUUGCUUGAUGACAAGCAAAUAUCCAAGUGUGAGAGAGUUUGAUUCACGAUACUUCCAAUUAAAACCAAACCAAAUUAUCUAAAUACUACUGAUUAAAAUAAUUAACACGAUAACUACUACUUUUGAACACUUCGGCCACAAAUCGAAAAAUGCACAACCACAAACGGUAUUUGCUGGAGGAGCAGGGGCCAGAAAGGCAACUUUUUACUCUUCAUGACUUUUGGGGUUUGACUUUGGAUUGAAAAGUUCAUUCACUUUUCUUUUGCGUCUUUCUUGACACUCUCCCAAGCGCCCCACUAGAAGAAAUAACUGGACGUCAAGCUGUAAAACAUCCCAACGGAACGAACGAAUGAAUUCCAGAGGAGAGAGAGAGGGUAAAUCCUGUCCGCCUCCGCCUGACAACUGACAAGUGACAACUCACCACCCCGCUAGUGGCAUUCUCGUGAAUAAUCCUCAUCCCCAUUCCUUGUUUCUUCUUCAUCUACCCGCCCGAUUCCACUCACUCAUGACUCGGCCAUUGCCAUACAUAUUGAUAUUGGUACAACCAUCUUCUCUCCUAAUAAACUCUUCCAACUCUCUGUUUCUAAUCUAUUCUUUUCCUCCUUCGCGGGCUAAACGCUACUGAAAAUUAAUAAUAACUUCAAUUAAAAUACAAACACCAUUUCUUCGUUUCCCUUUUAUCCUCCGCUCCCUCUCUCUCCCACCCACUCUCUUGCUUCCCCGCAACCGAAUUUCCUGUCUUCUCCGUUGGAGCUAGUCCAGGCGUCAUACCAUAAAACCAUCUUCUUAUUGUUGAAAUUUCAAAAACUCGGAUUUUGGACUGCACCUGUGGGCGAAUUCAGGGUCGGGUAAGCGGGAUGCUGUGUGGUGGAUGGGUUCUUGGUUUGUCCAAGUUUCAGAUGUAUUGGGCUCACUUGAGAACCUGAGGAAUGGGUUGUUUCGUCAGCAAGAAGACCACCGCCGAGAAAGAGACUGACGGCGGCCGGACUCGCGUCGGGCCUUCCGCCGACGCAGCUAACCAUGCCGUCAGGGUUGGUAUGGAGUCGGUCGUGGCGGCGGCGACGCACAAGUCCCGGCGUCACUCGGCUGAUGUCUAUGCGGAGAUGGCCCGGCAGUCCCGGGUUGACCGGGCGAUUGCGACCCAGCAAGGUCGGUGGCCGUCGUGGCUAAUGGCGGUGGCCGGUGAAGCCAUCGGUGACUGGACUCCUCGCCGGGCCAACACUUUCGAGAAGCUCGAUAAGAUUGGGCAAGGGACUUACAGCAAUGUGUACAAAGCGAGGGAUCUAUUGACAGGAAAGAUAGUUGCAUUGAAGAAAGUGCGGUUUGAUAACUUGGAGCCCGAGAGUGUGAAAUUUAUGGCGAGAGAGAUUCUUGUUCUCAGGAGAUUGGAUCAUCCGAAUGUGCUUAAGCUUGAAGGUUUGGUUACCUCGAGAAUGUCAUGUAGCUUGUACUUGGUCUUCGAAUACAUGGACCAUGACUUAGCUGGCCUUGCUGCUCGCCAGGGAGUCAAGUUCAGUGAGCCACAGAUAAAAUGCUAUAUGAAGCAGUUGCUAUCAGGGAUUGAACACUGUCACAGACAUGGUGUACUACAUCGUGACAUCAAGGGGUCUAAUCUCCUGAUUAACAAUGAGGGUAUACUCAAAAUUGCUGAUUUUGGACUAGCUGCAUUCUAUGAUCCUGGAAGCAAGAUUCCCAUGACUAGUCGAGUUGUUACCCUCUGGUAUCGACCUCCGGAGCUUCUUCUAGGAGCAACUUAUUAUGGUGUCGGUGUUGACCUUUGGAGUGCCGGCUGCAUUUUGGCCGAGCUGCUUGCUGGGAAGCCCAUCAUGCCAGGACGAACUGAGGUCGAACAACUGCAUAAGAUAUUCAAGUUAUGUGGCUCGCCAUCUGAGGAAUAUUGGAAGAAGGCAAAAUUACCUAAUGCCACACUUUUUAAGCCUCAACAGCCUUACAAAUGCUGCAUAGUAGAGACUUUCAAGGGUUUCCCACCUUCAUCCAUGCCUUUGAUUCAGACUUUGCUGUCAAUAGACCCUGAUGAACGAGGCACUGCUACUUCUGCUCUCAAUAGUGAAUUUUUUAGCAUAGAACCUGUUGCUUGCGAGCCGUCUAGUUUGCCCGUGUAUCCUCCUAGCAAGGAACUGGAUGUGAAAUUGAGAGAUGAAGAAGCAAGAAGGCAAAGGGGUCUUGGUGGAAAAGCUAAUGGUGCAGAGGGUGCCAGAAAAAUUCGAAAUCGGCCUGGUCGUGCUGUCCCCGCCCCAGAGGCCAAUGCAGAGAUUCCAGCAAACCUAGAUAGAUGGAGGGUUGUGACGCAAGCAAACGCCAAGAGCAAAAGCGAAAAGUUCCCACCUCCACACCAGGAUGGAGAAGUUGGAGGACGCCAUGUGAUGGAUGAUGGGUCCCGAAAGGCCCCUGUUGGAAUGCCUGAAACAUCUUUUAGCUCAUCGGUCUUCACUUCGAACGCAUCAUCAACAUCUACUAAAAGUUUUGGGAGCUCAGGAGGUCCUUCAAGGAGAAGAAACAGCAAGGAUGGUGGUGCCCAGAUAGGUCCAUCGAGGAAGUUCAUUCGGCCGUUUAAUGGUUCGACGCUAGGGCUAUCAAUUGAUUUGUUGUUCAAAGGAAAGUCGGAGAAUUUUGGAAGCCGUAGGUAGGUAUAUAGAUAAACUGGGUCUUCUUUUUUCUUCUUGGCUUUUGCAGUUCUCCCUUCUCAUGGUCAUAGGGGGAUUCCUAAGGGUUAAAUUUACAUCUAUCGGCUUGUCUCUGUUAAUUUGUUCAAUUUGGUUUGUACCCCUAUCUGAUAAGCAUGUUGAUGUUGAAGGUCCAUGAUGAAGAAUGUACCAGCACCGGUUGCUUUGUGUAUAAAUUGUAACUCUGCGCACUGCUAGUUUCAAGUUGUUAUUUCUGACAAACCAAACACGAUGUCUCUCAAUUAUUACAAGCUCAAGAUGUUGCUUCCCUAUUUGAACUAGAGUUGACAAUCAAACCCGCAAAAAUUGUGGGUACAUGAUUGCUUUCGAUCUGUUUGAUAUAGGAAAUUCUUGUGUUGAUUGGGUAUAGGACGGAUAUUUGUAAAACAUACAAAACAUUUUAUGAGAAUGAGACGUGUUUGAUUUUAUCCUUCCCCGUUUCAUACACAUGCUUGCUUCAUCAAGAUUAUUUCAUCAUAUAUUAAAAAUGUAAAAAUAUUGUAACCUCUCAAUACGAAAAAAGUAGUUCAAAAUAGUAAAGAAUUUAAAUGUUG